GAGAAGUCUUAAGCCACCAUUUGCACAUUUUAAUUGCAGCUCGAAGGAAGAGAGAGGAGGUCGAGUAGUUCACACCCAACCAAGAGGCCUCGAAGAAAGUCCCCCUCACCCAACCCAAAGGUUAUAUAAGGCGGUGCAGCUUCUCUCACUCUCUCACCCCGUUGGCGGAAAGGAAAGGGACCUCCCUCACCCAUCUCUCCAAUCUCCAUAGGACUUGUUGAGCUUCAAGCAGCUAGUAGUCCUUUUGGUUUGGAAGCAAGGCGUUCCAAUCCCAAGCAAUCUGCAGAUGGCAACCCAGUGGUUCUCCAACAUGGCGAUGGACGAGCCGAGCUUCUUCCACCAGUGGCAGUCGGACGACCUGCUGGAGCAGUACGCGGAGCAGCAGAUCGCCGCGGCGUUCGGGCAGGGGGAAGUGGACCAGGCGGUGGCGGCGGCGCUGAUGGAGCACGCGGCCGGGGCGGAGCACCGCCCGCAGAAGGCGGCCAAGGUCAAUACCAGCUGGGACUCGUGCAUCACGGACCAGGGAUCCCCCGCCGACUCCUCCUCCCCGACCAUCCUCUCCUUCGGCGGCCACGCUGAUACCGGCGCCAUGUUCGCCAAGGCGCAGGCGCGGAGCGCCUCGUACUACGGCGCGUCCGCCGCGCCCGUGACCGUGGAGGCGCCCAAGCAGGAGGUGGAAGCGGUCGUGCCUCCGUUCCAGGCCCAGGCGCGCCCGAUCAAGCGGACCUACGACGCCAUGGUCGUCGCCGAGCCCACGAAGGCGCCGGCGACCACCCGUCCGGCCUCCCAGAACCAGGACCACAUCCUGGCCGAGCGGAAACGCCGCGAGAAGCUCAGCCAGCGCUUCAUCGCCCUCUCCAAGAUCGUCCCUGGCCUCGAGAAGUUGGACAAGGCGUCUGUGCUCGGCGACGCAAUCAAGUACGUGAAGCAGCUGCAGGACCAGGUGAAGGGCCUGGAGGAUGAGGCUCGCCGGCGGCCCGUCGAGGCAGCAGUUCUGGUCAAGAAGUCCCAUCUGUCCGCCGCCGCCGACGACGGCUCGUCUUGCGACGAGAGCUUCGUGGCCGGCGAGUCCGGCACCCGGACGGCGCUGCCGGAGAUCGAGGCCCGUGUCUCGGACCGCACGGUGCUGGUCAAGAUCCACUGCGAGAACCGCAAGGGCGCGAUCAUCACCAUGCUGUCCGAGGUCGAGCGCCUCAGCCUCACCAUCAUGAGCACCAAUGUGCUCCCCUUCACCCCCUCCUCCCUCCACGUAACCAUCACGGCCAUGGCUGGCGAGGACUUCUGCUUGUGUGCCAAGGAUAUCGUCAAGAAGCUAAAUCAGGCGUUCAAGUCAUCUCUCUGAAGGGUUUAGCUCCUCAUCAAGUUUAAUUUAGGCCAACGUUUUUGGUCAUUAGCCUUGAGGAUUUGAGGCUAAUGGUUAGGUUCUUGUUCUUACCUGCCAGUGCUUCUGAAGUUGCUUGCAAUCCCCCCACAGUGCCCCUCCCAAAUAAAGCAAUUUCCACUGGUUUUUGCUGCAUGGGUGCAGAUUGAUCAUUACCUAGUUACCAACCUACCCUCUUCUAUUUUCUCUCCCUUCACUUUUUGCAUGGUUUGAACUAGUCACUCCAUGUUUUGGGAGAGAGUAGAAUGUAAAAAUCCAAAAGAGACCUGUCUUUUCUAGGGCUUGUUUAUUUAGGGACUAGGUGAGUUUGACAUUUUACAAAACCUAAAUUUCCUUUUUCCCCUUGUCCAAUGUUGCCCUUACAUUUCACCUUGUUUUUUCUACGGGGAUUGCGUUUUUCAAACCCAAAAUACCUACCUUUGCCGUCCUCUCAAUCCUAUCACACUCUGCUCCCAAAAAACCUCAAUUGUGGAGAAAAUGGUGCCUUCUUUUUUUCAGGCCUGAGGGGGACUUUGCAAGCCUUGAUUCAGAAGUACUGUAGGGGUGGCUCUUCAGUUUCUUUUUUGAGGGUCUUGCAAGUUGGCCACAACUUGAUGCUCCCUUUGCUUGUAGUGUUCGUGUGGUUUUUGUUGUCACAGGCUCAAGAUGUAGUUGUGCGCUUGUGCUCCUGUCUUGUUUACUUGCAUACAAGUAUAAAAAUAAAUAAAAUGUGCUCUAUUCUUAGAGCUC